AUGAUUGACCCAAUUGAUAAAAUUAUUGAAGAAACAUUUGUUUAUAAAAUUGAUAUGCUUCAUAAUCUUUCUUUAUCAUCAAAUGCUUCAAUGAUUCGUUACGCUUUAGCAUAUAAAGACUUUAAUCCUAAUGAAAAAUAUCCUGAGGAAGAGAUAGAAUCAAGUUUUGAAUUAACGAAAAAGUAUUGGAAAUAUAAAAUUGAAUCAUAUAAGAAACAAGAUGAAAAAGCAGAAAGGGAUACUAAAAAUAAUGUUUCAAUGGAUGAUUUUCAAUACUAUCACGAUUUAAUCCUUUCAUCUAAAUGUAAAAUGUGUGGUAAAGCGUUUACAUAUGCAAAUAAACCAACAUUAGAUAGAAUCGAUAAUGAAAAACCACAUACUAAAGAAAAUUGUCAGUUAAUGUGUUGUUAUUGCAAUGUCGUAAAAUCAAAUAAAGAUGAAGAUGUUCAACGUUUAAGAAUCAAUUUAAGAAAUUAUGCAUUAAAAAAUAAUUUACCAAUGACUUUAGAUUCAGUUGAAGCUUAUCACAUUCUCCGUAAUGGAAUUACUGGUGGUCUAUCAAAUGUUCAACAUCGUGUUAAUCUUAAAGGAAUCACACACAUUAAUAAACUUUCAUAUAAUCCAGAAACUAAAACUGUAUCAAAUGAGGACACCACCAACAUUAUGACUCAUUUCGUUGGAGUUGACUUUAAUUCAUUAUAUCCUUCAUCAUUUUCAUCUAAUCCUCAUGAUUUCAUUCAAUAUACUGACCAUAAAAUGUAUAUGCCGGGAAGAUUGAAUGGAGUUAUCAUUUGUGAUACAGCAACAAAGAAAGCAAAAGCACUGGGAAUAAUUAAGAAGAAAAAUACUUUAUUCGUGC